AUCACGUGAACGACGGCGUCAUCGCGUCAUCAAAGAGACCGACGUAACAAGCGAUUACAUCGCGCCGGUGGUCGUGCGUCUAGUGCGGCGUGCCGCAUUCGAUUUUAUCGCGUGCAACGCAUCUUUUUCGCUCGUCGACGUCGACGUUAGUGAACAAAAGCCAAUACCGCGGCACCGAAUAAUUAUCUCGUGUGCCGUGUCUCACGAGGAUGAAAAUGCCUCGCAAGAGAACGUUCACGCUUCACGAGGUAUACAUUGGACGCAGGAACGGCACGAAGAAUCCGAGGUGAUCUUUGUGCUUUCACUUCGCACAAAAGAUUCGUAUACUUUAUUCAAACAACUGUAUCCGUACAAAAAAUGGAAGAAUUUCAAAGGUAUGAGGAAUCUGAUAUGUAUAAAGAACGGCCACCUUGCAGUUUACGAAGAUUAGGAGACAUGAUACCAGCACGGGUCGUACUGUAUAUGCUCUCGUUUUCCGGAUUCCUCGUGUCUUUCAUGAUGAGAACGGAUAUCAACAUCGCUAUGGUGGCCAUGGCGAAAAUACCGUCAACAUCGAAUGAAACCAUCGCGGUAACGUCCCAUUGUUACACAAUGUCGAAUGCGUCACACGUGGAAAAUACCAGUGUAAUUAGAUCGGAGGAGGAUGGCGAGUUCGAGUGGAGCCCAGCUAUUCAAUCAGCCAUUCUCAGCUCCUUUUACUGGUGUUAUAUACUAUCGCAAAUGCUUGGUGGUGUUCUUACUCAAUAUUUCGGCACUAAAACCAUAUUCGGCGGAUCUCAAAUCGUUACUGCCGUAUGCAGCCUUCUUAUGCCAACUGCCGCGGAGAUCCAUUACGGGGCAAUGAUAGCGUUGCGCAGUAUACAAGGCAUCGCAAGUGGACUCACAUGGCCCGCAAUGUAUGCCGUAAUCGGACACUGGAUUCCACCUGUAGAACGUUCACGCUUCAUGUCUUCCUUUCAAGGGUUCAGCAUCGGCAUUGGAUUGACCUACCCGUUGUGCGCAUUUAUCAUCGUCCAUUUUGGAUGGAGGGCCGUGUUCUACACGACUGGUAGCAUCGGCCUCGUUUGGUGCAUCUUUUGGUACUGCUGCGCCUUCGAUACUCCCGCUUCGCAUCCCAGAAUAUCUAAGCUGGAACUCCGUUACAUUCAGGAAUGUGUUAGAAACCAAGUUAUUGGAGCAAACGAGGAUAUGCCUGUUCCCUGGAAAUCUAUACUCACGUCUUGGCCAGCAUGGGCUAUCGGUAUCACAACCUUUGGAAGAAUUUGGGUACAUUAUGUCUUUAUUAUCCCCGGCCCAAUGUACAUGAAGACGGUAUUAGGAUUCAGUAUACAGGCAAAUGGUAUCCUGUCAGGUGCCCCUUUUAUCUGUAGCUAUUUAAGUUCUGUUGUAUUUUGCUACGUCGCAGAUCUCCUAGUUACGCGGCAAAUCAUGACUUUAAUUACUGUGCGUAAGAUAUUUACUGCGCUAUCUCAAGUGGUUCCUGGAAUCCUCGUAGUCUUAAUUGGGUACUUAGGUUGUAAUAUUAUUCUCGUUUUAAUUGUAUGGUUUCUAGCUGUUACUCUCAUAACAGCUGGUUACGCGGGUGCAAUGGCUAAUAUUGUCGAUAUCGCACCCAAUUUCGCUGGGCCGGUAUUGGCGUUCGCACAGACAAUUCACAUGACCGCUAGUUUCCUAUCUCCUAUAGCAGCUGGUCUGCUUACACAAGAAAGCCAAUCUCUCGAUGCAUGGAGAAAAGUAUUUGCAGUUACCGCAGGUGUAUCCUGCAGCACGUAUAUUGCUUAUCAACUGUUUGGUACAGCGGACAUACAAGCAUGGAACUAUCCUGAUCAAAAAUAUCCUCAAUCUAUUCAAGAAGAUUCUCAACCAUUAAACGAUUUAUCUCGCGAAAGGAGCGUAAUUGUUUCAAAUCAAUCAAGUUUAUCGAAACAAACAACUGAUUGUUAAUACUUAUGAAGAAAUGAUAUAGAUGUCAAGAUAAUAUAUAGCGAAGAGAUUAUAUUUUUAUGAAGAAUACCUCAGAUAUGUCAAAAUAUUUCAAUUCUCAAUACAGAUUAUGUACUGCACAAAUGUUCGAAAAAAUAAUUGGUUAUAAGUAGAGUACGGAAAUUAUGAGAUAUGAUAUGAUAAGACAUCUUAUUUGGAUAGUCCGAGAUGUGCUGUCUCUUUGAUGACAUUAAUAAUAUUUCUAGGCAGGCAUUAUUGAAAUACAAUUCGCGUAUAAUUAUUAUCGCAUCUAUCGUUUAAAUUUAAACAAAAUCUUUUAUUUUAUUAUUAGUGUUUUUAAGGAAACAACGCAUUUUAAAUUUUUUAUCUCAAUAUGAUAAAUAUUCAACAUCUCGCAAACUCUGCAUUCUAGUGAUAAGUAAUGUAUGCGAUAAUGUCCAAUUUUGUUUACAUGCAUUCUUUAUUAUAAGGUAUAUUGUAUAAUAAUUUAUUCAUAAGAUGAUAUAUGAAAUUGGAAUGUGGAUCUCAUAAAGAUAUGAAAUUAUUAUUAUUUUGUCUUAUUUAUGCAAAUGUUAGAAAGCACAACAAAGAUUUUACACAUAUGUAUAUAAAAAUUUUUAGCAGAUUCACAUUUCAAGUAUCUCUAAACUUAUAACAAGUUUAAGAUAAGAAUACAUUUUUGAACAUAUAUAUAUAAACAUUUAAAAACACGCAAACCAUUAUAUAUAUAUAAUGGUUUGUAUGUCUUAAAUGCUUAUAUAUGUUCGAAAAUGUAUUUUUAUCUUAAACUUGUUAUAAGUUUAAAGAUACUUGAAAUGUGAAUCCGCUAAAAAUUUUUUUAUUUAUUUUAUCCAUUUUUGAAAUAGUAUAUGGUUGUAAUCAUCAUGAAUUAUAUAGAAAGAAUUAAAUAAAAUUAUAGAAUUAGGAGACUUUCAUUAGUAUCUAUGUUUUACAAUCAGUGCCUUGUGGUGCACAUAGAUCUUCAAAUUGUAACAAAGCUCUAACAGAACUCUUUGAUAUUUUUAAUAAUCCAUUAAUCCUUAUAAAUUAUAAUAUAGAGAUUUAGGUAUAGGUAAUACCAGAUGAAAUGUUCACAAUUGUAAAUUAACACUACCUAUUAACCUGCCAUCAUCAAAAUGGAAAAAAGAAUAUUUAUUAUAUAUAGCAUCAUAUAAAACUCGUGUUGUACAAAUAAAUUUAUAGAAGGAUUCGUCCACACAUAUUUAGAGAGAUUAGUUACAAAUAUAUUCAUUUAUAUAAAUGUCAUAAGAGAGAAAAUGUUAUAUAUGUUGCUGAUUAUUAUAUCUUCUUUAGAAUUCAUAUUUUUAUAAAUAUAUAUUGCAAUGAUUAUAUUAAUAACAUACAUGCACAUUUUUUAAAUAAAUUAUAUGAGAGUACU